CUGAGUCUAGACGCUCCGCGCAGCUCACUUUCCCCGCACUGCCGCACGCACAGACCAGACCCAACGGAGAGCGCGCUGCGCGAGUUGCACGCAUCGGCGUUCAGACAGCUUUCUUUAUUUUGGUCUGUGUGUGAUCGGUGACUCUGUGCUCUAACCGGGGUGACAGAAUGAUGCACCCCUCGAUAAUUCUGCGCUCGGGCGUGUUGCCUGUGCAUUCGCGAUGAAUGGCUGCCCGUAGAGAGAAAGCGUCUGACUCCUCCAUUGAAACACUUACCAGCAGAUCGCAAGUGAGGGGACUCUGUAGUGCUGGGCUUUACAAUAUGGCUCAGAUGCUGCAGAUGGCGAUUCCCAACUUUGGCAACAAUGUCUUGGAGUGUCUUAAUGAGCAGAGACUUCAGGGACUGUACUGUGAUGUGUCAGUGGUGGUGAAGGGUCACACAUUUAAAGCCCACCGGGCAGUGCUGGCUGCCAGCAGCUCCUACUUUCGAGAUUUGUUCAACUCUGGAAGUAAAAGCUUUGUUGUGGAGUUACCACCAGCAGUCCAGCCUCAGAGCUUCCAGCAGAUCCUUUCCUUCUGUUACACCGGCCGACUUAGCAUGAACUUGGGUGAUCAGUUUCUCUUAAUGUACACAGCAGGAUUCCUACAGAUUCAGCAGAUUAUGGAAAAAGGCACAGAGUUCUUCCUAAAGGUCAGCUCACCAAGUUGUGACUCGCAGGGCCUUCACACAGAAGAAACACCACCCUCAGAACCCCAGAGCCCUGUUACUCAAACUGGAAGUGGUACUGUAGGAGGGGGUGCAGUCUCCACGGCAACAGCUCGACCUGCUUCCUGCCUAACACCCCUUCCAUUGGUGUCAAGAGUGAAGACAGAGCAGCAGCCCCAACAAGAAGCAUCAUCAUAUUCAGUGGUUUGCACUCCAGUUGCUAAGCGUCUUUGGGAGGGAGGUAGCCGUGAAGGAGGUGGAGGAGGGGGAGGUAUGAGGAAAGCAGCCCGCUAUUCGCAUGAGGUGGCACGGAGCACAGGAGGGGCACCGCCUCAAAGUGGAGCCUUAUUGGGUGGAAGUGGUACCACUAAUAGCAACAACAAUAACAACAACAGCAGUAGCACACCGGAAGGCACCAGUCCAGGCACACCCAGCAUGUACACCAGUGAUUCGCCGAUCUCUUACCAUGACGAUGAUGAAGAAGAGGAAAUCACAGACGAAACCACAGAAGAACAGUACAGACAAAUCUGUAAUAUGUACACUAUGUAUAGCAUGUUGAAUGUAGGGGCAACGGCCAGCGAACGAGUGGAAUCACUACCAGACCACCUCACAGUUGAAUCAAGGGGAAGAGGAGUUCGAGUGAGGCAAGAUCUGGCCUCUCUUCCCACUGAGCUCAUUGCACAGAUCGGAAACCGCUGUCAUCCUAAACUCUAUGAAGAAGGUGACCCUGCUGAGAAACUGGAGCUAGUAACAGGCACCAGUGUUUUUAUUUCACGUGCUCAGCUGAUGAACUGCCACGUUAGUGCAGGCACACGCCACAAAGUGUUGCUCAGGCGGCUCCUUGCUGCCUUUUUUGACCGAAGCACCCUUGCAAACAGCUGUGGGACAGGCAUUCGGUCCUCCACAAAUGACCCCAACCGCAAGCCACUCGACAGUCGGGUUCUCCAUGCUGUUAAGUUUUACUGCCAGAACUUUGCUCCUAGUUUCAAAGAGAGUGAAAUGAACGCGAUCGCUGCAGACAUGUGCACUAAUGCACGGCGUGUGGUACGCAAGAGCUGGAUUCCGAAACUGAAGCUUCUGAUGGCAGAAAGUGACGCAUAUGCCAACUUUCUUCCGGACGCUGCCAAAAUGGAGUCUGAUGGCCUGGCUGUGGAGCAUGCUUUUGAAACAGGAUCCCUAGAAGGUGGUACAGCCUCUGAAUCUGGCCAGUCAUCUACAGAUGCACUGCAAGGUGUGAGCGGGGACGGUAACAGCUUGUUUUACGUUCUCUCCUCCAGUAUAAACACACUCCUCUCUCUCUGCUGCGGCACGCCGCUCCAUGUACUUCACCUUUCUGUGCGCUUCUGCGCUGCCGGAAACCUCAAAGACUUCUUACAGAUUUCAAAACAUAUAUUGCUCUUUGUACAUCCCUGCCCACCAGAGACCAAUGCAUGUGCGUACACACAAGCAGGUGUGUGGAUCUACCUCCUGACACCUUCAGCCAUACCUCCCUGGCCCCUGUGCCCUGAUACAGGUCAUGUGAUGCAGGAGACUCCUCGAGGUGCUGCCCUUCAGAUUUGUUUGAACAUGGUGUUAUGGGAAAUAGAUGUAAAUGGAGGCAACUUUGAAUAUGGAAUGUUGUAGAUUCAUACCUCACCAGGGGCCGGGGAGCUCCAUCAGCAUGGCUCCUGAGAGAAUAUCUCUGGUGUGGCCGCAGGGAUCCUGCAGCUAUUUUUUUUUUCCAGUAUAGAUAUAUGAAUAUACAUAUAUAAAUACAAAUCUAUAUAUAUACUGUACAUUAUACAUAGAAACACUAAUGAAGUUUGAUUGUUAGUUGUGCACUCACAGCAUGAGAUGUUAUUCCCCAGAAACAAAUGCAGUAGCGUCUACUGAUGUCAAAACCCCUCUGUACCCUCCACCCCACCCCGAGUACAUGCCAGUGUUUCCUCUGUGUUCCAAGUGCCAAUAACGUUGUGAAUUCCUUUACUGUGACCCAACGAGAAAGAAAAUUGCACAUUAACUACUGUAAAAAAAAAAAUUUAAUAAAA